UCAGAAUCUCCAAAUACUUCUUGCCUGGAAUGUCUCUCAGAAUCUCCAAAUACUUCUCAGGCUUCAUUAUCUGCUCUAUGCUAUUGCUUUUAUAAAUACUUAUUUCUAACAACUUAUGUAAUUGGGCAGAUACACCUCAGGUGUUAUCUCAUGUCUCAUUUUAUUUUGGUAAUUGACAAUGGGAGGUGCAUUGAGCACGGGUGAUGCACCCAAAGAUAAUAUAACAGAGACAAAGUUGAUCUCUUUUGAGGCAUGUGGUAUGUAUGACGUAGUUGAUCUCUCAUUGUCACCAACUUUUGAAUGAUGUAGCUGCAGGACUGUGUUAUGACUGCCCUGGAGAAGAAGACUGUCAUUUUAGUGACUUAUCAAGUGGAAUUUCUCUCCCAAGUUAACAAAAUUCUAGUUAUAGAAGGUGGAGAAAUUACUCAAUCCGGAAGCUAUAAAGAACUGUUGAUGAUCGGUACAACAUUUGAACAGCUUGUGAAUGCUCACAAAAGUUCAAUUCCAGUCUUGGAUUCUACAAUUAAUCAAAAUAAAAGUGAAAUUCAGUCACAAUACAUGGAUAGAAUGGAAGAGACUAGAGGGUCCUACCUUACUAAAGAAAAUAGUGAGGGGGAUAUUUCUGUCAAAGGUCUGCCAGGAAUACAACUGACAGAAGAAGAAGAGAAGGAAAUUGGCAAUGUUGGAUGGAAGCCAUUUUUGGAUUACAUCUUCGUCUCAAAGGGAUCGUUGAUGCUUUCUUCAGUUAUAAUUACUCAGAUUGGUUUUGUUGCUCUUCAAGCUGUUUCAAGUUAUUGGCUAGCUUUCGGCAUUCAAAUUCCUAAAAUUAGUAGUGGCAUCUUAAUUGGAGUAUACACUAUAAUUUCGACAAUAAGUACCUUCUUUGUAUAUCUAAGGUCUUUAUCCGCUGCUUUUCUAGUAUUAAAAGCUUCCAAGGCUUUCUUUUCAGAUUUCACUAAUUCUAUUUUCAAUGCUCCUAUACUUUUCUUUGAUUCCACCCCAGUUGAACGAAUUUUGACCCGAGUUUCAUCAGAUUUAUGUGUGGUGGAUUUCGACAUACCUUUCUCAUUUGCCUCUGUGGUUGCUCCUUUAAUUGAAUCGGUAGCAAUCAUUGGCAUUAUGGCGUCAGUCACGUGGCAAGUUCUCUUUGUAGCAUUCUUUGCUACAGUGGCUUCAAAAUAUGUUCAAGGAUAUUAUCAAGCCUCUACAAGGGAACUAAUGAGAAUCAAUGGAACAACAAAAGCUCCUGUCAUGAAUUAUGCAGCCGAGACCUCACUUGGAGUGGUAACUAUAAGAGCAUUUAACAUGGCAAACAGGUUCUUCCAAAGCUACCUAAAGCUUGUAGACAAUGAUGCAAAACUUUUCUUUUACUUCAAUGCAACCAUGGAGUGGUUAAUUUUGAAAGUAGAAGCACUUCAAAAUCUUACUUUAUUCACUGCAGUUUUUCACUUGGUUUUACUUCCCAAGGGUUAUGUUGAUCCAGGGCUUGUUUGA